AAGACUUCUUAAACGGUGAACGACGUUCUCAGAAGCGCUAAAAGCCGGUACAGCCUUCUUCCCGAAUUAUUUACUUAUAGUUGCAGUCUGUCAACAGAGCUGGUGACCGGCCUUGGCACCCUGCCAGCUCCAGGUGUUCGGGGAGCGCUCUGCCCGCCCCCUCCCGAAUCCUGCCCUUCCCUAACGGGGAGCGCCCGGCGCCCGCUGCCCGCCCGGCAUCGCUCCCCCGAGCGCCCGGGAGCGCGGGGCGCCCCUGCGGGAGGCGGCUCCGGGUGGCUGCCCGCGGCGGCCGAGACCCGCCUCGCUUUGCCGUGCGGCUGGGUGCCGCCGGGCCGGCGCCGCUCCCCCGGCAUCGGCCUCGGUCCCCGGUGCGGCCGGGCCGGGUGUCAUCCCCGCAGCCGGCCCCGGCGUCCCCGGCGGGGGGAGCCCGCGGGCAGCGGUCCGGGCCGCAGCUCCCCCGGGGCGCGGCGGCGGGGGGCCGGCGGGGGCGGGCCGGGCAGGCGGCCAGGGCACCGACGGCGGAGCUGCCCCCCCCCGGCCCCGCCGCCUCCCGCGGCGCUUCCGAAGAUGGUCACGGCGCCGCCGCGGGCCCGGGAGCGCCCCUCGCCGCGGCCGCGCUCCGCCCGCGUUAAGCGCCGCGCCGGGGGGGCCGCGGGGCGGGCCCGGAGCCGGGGGCGGCGGGGAGCGGACAAAGCGGCGGGGGGCCCUGCAGGGCGGCGAUGGCCGCGGCCGGGGCGGAGGACUACUCGUACCUCUACACGGACUCCUCGCACCCCUCCGAGUUCCUGCGGGCGUUCCGGGCCUUCUACCUGGACGGGCUGUUCACCGACAUCACCCUGCAGUGCGCCUCGGGGGUCAUCUUCCACUGCCACCGAGCCGCCUUGGCGGCCUGCAGCAGCUAUUUCAAAGCCAUGUUCACAGCCGAUAUGAAGGAGAAAUCUAAAAACCAGAUCAGGCUCCCCGAGCUCAGCCAUGCCGUUCUGGAAGCCCUCGUGAAUUACGCGUACACAUCACAGAUCCAGAUAACAAAGAGAAAUGUCCAAAGCCUGCUCCAGGCUGCAGACCUCCUUCAGUUCGUGUCGGUAAAGAAAGCCUGCGAGCGGUUUCUGGUGAGGCAUUUAGAUACUGACAACUGCAUAGGGAUGCACUCCUUUGCCGAAUAUCACGACUGCUCAGAGCUAGAAAAAGAGUCCAGGAGGAUAUUGUUGUGGCAGUUUGAAGACGUGUGGAAGCAGGAAGAGUUUCUGGAUGUUGGCAAGGAGAAGCUCUCUUUUAUUCUCUCCAGAGAGAACCUCAAUGUUUGGAAAGAAGAGGUAGCCGUUGAAGCUGUUGUUAAGUGGGUUGGACACAACGUGGAGGAAAGAAUUGAAGACAUCUAUGAACUGCUGAGCUGCAUCAAAGUAGACUUAGAUAACAUGUAUUUGAGGUCGGCUUUAAGCCUGCAAAAAAAAUGCAGACUUAACGACAGUAAGAUAAGGUCACUUGUAUACAGUGCCCUGAACCUCAGUCCCAAAGGUCUUUCCAGAAGACCCACAGCAGCCAUGUAUGUGAUAGGAGGAUAUUACUGGCAUCCCUUAUCAGAAGUGCAUGUUUGGGAUCCUUUAACCAACACCUGGGUCCAGGGAACAGAGAUGCCAGAUCACACCAGAGAGAGCUACGGGGUCACUAGCUUGGGACCAGACAUCUAUGUGACAGGAGGUUAUAGAACGGAGAGCAUCGAAGCCCUUGACACCGUGUGGAUAUAUAACAGUGAGAGGGAUGAGUGGACAGAAGGCAGCCCCAUGCUUGAUGCGAGGUAUUACCACUGUGCAGUUUCCUUGAGUGGCUGCAUCUAUGUGUUGGGUGGUUACCGAAAGGGAGCUCCGGUGCAAGAAGCUGAGGUCUACGAUCCUUUAAAAAAGAAAUGGCUUCCUAUUGCAAACAUGAUCAAAGGUGUUGGAAAUGCCACUGCCUGUGUCCUGCAUGAAGUCAUCUAUGUAACCGGAGGUCACUAUGGGUACAGGGGAAGCUGCACCUAUGAUAAAAUCCAGAGAUACCAUUCAGGUAGCAAUGAGUGGAGUAUAGUCACCACAAGUCCGCAUCCAGAAUAUGGAUUGUGUUCAAUUACCUUACAAAACAAGAUCUAUUUUGUGGGUGGACAGACCACGAUCACGGACUGCUAUGACCCGGAGCAAAACGAGUGGAAGCAGAUGGCUCACAUGAUGGAGAGAAGGAUGGAGUGUGGCACGGUGGUUAUGAACGGAUGCAUCUAUGUAACAGGAGGAUACUCCUAUUCAAAAGGAACGUAUCUGCAGAGUAUUGAGAAAUACAACCCUGAACUGAAUAAAUGGGAAGCAGUAGGUAAUCUUCCCAGUGCUAUGCGGUCACAUGGCUGUGUCUGUGUGUAUAACGUGUAAACAUACAAUUUUCAGAUUGCUGUUACAGCAAACACCAGAUGCAGUAUUCAUCUUAGCACAUCAUUAAAAACUAGGUAUAAUUUGUCUUUAUUUUAAAAAAAUCAGAAAUACAAACGUCACAAGAAGAUUUCCAUAUAUGUUUUAGUCUAGUCAUUCUUUAUAAUGAAAGUUUUCAAAUGACUCUGUUGUAAUAUUUUUGUGCAGCUGUAUAGGGACUAAUGUGAAAAUCAGAUUUGUUUUCAUUAAUCACUGGGUGGAACUAUGAUCUGGUGCUAAGGUGAGUAAAGCCAAACAAAAUGCUUUGCAUGGACGACUACAGGGCUUAAGAUGAAAUCUUUGAUACUCCAAAGGUAGCUAUAGAAAUGGUUCAUUGCCACAAGCUAAGCAUGUGGUACGUGUAGAGCAAUAUCGUUUGGAUAACUAGGUUAUCACAUCCAGAAAUCAUGGGCAGUUAUCACAUGCCUCUUUUUGUACCUUGAAAUGCCAGACUGGAGAAGAGCACAGGCUGGGAAUGAGGGAAGAAAUGUCAUGUAAUAGCCUCAGAGCACAAGCUGAAAGUGUGCACCUUUCCAGGAGGAGAGCAGUGCUCUGCAGUACAAGGCAGUUGUAGAAAAGUGCUCACUUGGCUGUUUUCACACUGGCAGGGCCUGUGAGAAAUAAAAAAAGACUCUGCGUGGCUUUGCAAUGGGCUCUUUGGCUGAUGUACAGGUAUUGGUGAUUUUUUUUUUUUUUUUUUUUUUGUCAGAGAGAAGCCUUACCAUGGUAACUAGUUUAUAAAAUCAAAUUUAAGAUGUGUACCUUUGUGGAAUAGAAGGUGGAAAUGAGAGAAACUGGAAAGUUGCUAACAUCCCCCUGAGCUGAGAAUUGUUCAGAGGCAGGUGGAGAUUUAAAGGACAUCACAAGAGCAUGAAGGUGAUCUUUGUAUUGAACAAACCUCAGUGAACUCAGUGUGCAUAUGUACCCGUGAAGGUUCAUGGUUGUUGAAAAACAUGAGCACGGAAGAGCUGCUUGUGGCUGCCCUGAUGUUCAGCUGGCCCGCAUCCUGUCACCGACAGCCCUAGCUCAGUAUAAGGAUGGAAGAACAAGGCAAGGACUAACAAAACCUCCCAGCGUCCACCGGCCUGCUGCUUCCAAACUAGGUGCUUAAUGCUGGUGGAAGACAGUGCUGUUCCACGGUUGGAGCACAGGCACUGGAAGCUGGAGUCUGCUUUCUCCCCCUGGGCACCCUGCAGGCAAGCGAUGCACGGCUCCCUGGCCUCGGCGUAACUGUGAAAUGAGUAAAAAGCCUUCCUUGUUCUCAGGUGCUAGCAGAGUACGUGCUGAUCCGGGGUAAACAGAAGUCAAUGCGGUUACUGCCUAGGGUUUACUGCCUAGGGCUUCAGAUUAAGUCCUAAUUUGUAGAGAUUUUUGAAUACAUUGGAAUAAAUGGAGUGUGGAAGUUCAGACUCGCAGCUCAA